AUGGACGUGGACGUGGACGUGGAGGACGUGGACGUGGACGUGAAGGACGUGGACGUGGACGUGGACGUGGCCUUGGACGUGGACGUGGUCGUGGACGUGGACGUGGACGUGGUCAUGGACCUGGACGUGGACGUGGACCUGGACGUGGUCGUGGACGUGGACGUGGACAUGGUCGUGGCCGUGGAGGUGGUCGUGGACGACGUGGACGUGGUCGUGGACGUGGAGGACGUGGAGGUGGUCGUGGACUUGGACGUGGACAUGGACGUGGACGUGGACGUGGUCGUGGACGUCGAGGACGUGGACGUGGACGUCGAGGACGUGGAGGUGGUCGUGGACGUGGACAUGGACGUGGACGUUGUGGACGUGGACGUGGUCGUGGACGUGGACGUGGAUGUGGACGUGGUCAUGGACGUGGUGGACGUGGUGGACGUGGACAUGGACGUGGACGUGGUCAUGGACGUGGACGUGGACUUGGACGUGGACGUGGACGUGAACGUGGACGUGGAGGUGGACGUGGUCGUGGAGGUGGACGUGGUCAUGGACGUAGUGGACGUGGACGUAGUCGUGGACGUGGACGUGGUCGUGGACGUGGACGUGGACAUGGACGUGGACAUGGACCUGGACGUGGUGGACGUGGACGUGGACGAGGACGUUGACGUGGACGUGGACGUGGACGUGGAUGUGGUUGUGGACGUGGAUGUGGUCGUGGACGUGGACGUCGACGUGGACGUGGACCUGGACGUGGUCGUUGACGUGGUCUUGGUGGACGUGGACGUGGACGUGGACGUGGAUGUGGAGGACGUGGAUGUGGACGUGGACAUGGUCGUGGACUUGGACGUGGACGUGGACGUGGUGGUGGACGUGGACGUGGACGUGGACGUGGACGUGGUCGUGGACGUGGACGUAAAGGUGGACGUGGUCGUGGACGUGGUCGUGGACGUGGACGUGGACGUUCUGGACGUGGACGUUCUGGACGUGGACGUUGUCGUGGACGUGGACGUGGUUGUGGACGUGGUCGUGGACGUGGUGGACGUGGACGUGGAGGACGUGGACGUGGACGUGGAGGACGUGGACGUGGACUUGGUUGUGGACGUGGUCGUGGACGUGGACGUGGACGUGGACUUGGACGUGGACGUGGACGUGGACGUGGACGUGGUCGUGGACGUGGUGGACGUGGACGUGGACGUGGAGGACGUGGUCGUGGACGUGGACGUGGUCGUGGACGUGGACGUGGACGUGGUCGUGGACGUGGUCGUGGACAUGGACAUGGACUUGGACGUGGACGUGGACGUGGACGUGGUCGUGGACGUGGACGUGGACGUGGACGUGGUCGUGGACGUGGACGUGGACAUGGACGUGGUCGUGGACGUGGACCUGGACGUGGACCUGGACCUGAACGUGGUCGUGGACGUGGUCGUGGACGUGGACGUGGAUGUAGACGUGGAUCAGGACGUGGUCGUGGACGUGGACGUGGAGUUGGACACGGACAUGGACGUGGACGUGGUCAUGGACGUGGUCGUGGACGUGGACGUGGACGUGGACGUGGACCUGGACGUGGACCUGGACGUAGACGUGGACGUGGAUGUGGACGUUGACAUCGACGUGGACGUGGACGUGGACGUGGGCGUGGACGUGGACGUUGAGGUGGUCGUGGACGUGGUCGUGGACGUGGACGUGGACGUGGACGUGGACGUGGGCGUGGACGUGGACGUGGGCGUGGACGUGGGCGUGGUCGUGGACGUGGAGGUGGACGUCGACGUGGACGUGGACGUGGACGUGGACGUGGUCGUGGACGUGGUCUUGGACGUGGACGUGGACGUGGACGUGGUCGUGGAUGUGGAGAUGGACGUGAACGUGGACGUGGACGUAGACCUGGACCUGGACGAGGACCUGGACGUGGACGUGGACGUGGGCGUGGAGGUGGAGGUGGACGUGGAGGUGGACGUGGAGGUGGACAUGGACGUGGACGUGGACCUGGACGUGGACGUGGACGUGGACGUCCACGUGGACGUGGGCGUGGACGUGGACGUGGGCGUGGACGUGGGCGUGGACGUGGACGUGGACGAAGACGUGGACGUGGAGUUGGACAUGGACGUGGACAUGGACGUGGACGUGGACGUGGACGUGAACGUGGACGUGGUCGUGGUCGUGGACGUGGUCGUGGACGUUGACGUGGACGUGGACGUGGACGUGGACGUGGACGUGGACGUGGACGUGGUCGUGGACGUGGUCGUGGACGUGGACGUGGACGUGGACGUAGACGUGGUCGUUGACGUGGGCGUGGACGUGGUCGUGGACGUGGACGUGGACGUGGACAUGGAGGUGGACGUGGACGUGGACGUGGUCGUGGACGUGGUCGUGGAGGUGGACGUGGACGUAGACGUGGACGUGGACAUGGACGUGGAGGUGGCCGGGGACGUGGACAUGGACAUGGACGUGGACGUGGACGUGGACGUGGUCGUGGACGUGGUCGUGGUCGUGGACGUGGUCGUGGACGUGGACUUGGACGUGGACGUGGACUUGGACGUAGACGUGGACGUGGACGUGGACGUGGAGGUGGACGUGGUCAUGGAGGUGGACAUGGUCGUGGACGUAGUGGACAUGGACGUGGACGUGGACGUGGACGUGGUCGUGGACGUGGACGUGCACGUGGUCAUGGACGUGGACGUGGACGUGGACGUGGACAUGGACCUGGACGUGGUCGUUGACGUGGUCGUGGACGACGUGGAAGUGGACGUGGUCGUGGAGGUGGACGUGGACGUGGACGAGGACGUGGACGUGGACGUGGACGUGGACGUGGAUGUGGUCGUGGACGUGGACGUGGUCGUGGACGUGGACGUCGACGUGGACGUGGACCUGGACGUGGUCGUUGACGUGGUCUUGGUGGACGUGGACGUGGACAUGGAGGACGUGGACGUGGACAUGGUCGUGGACUUGGACGUGGAAGUGGACGUGGUGGUGGACGUGGACGUGGACGUGGACGUGGUCGUGGACGUGGACGUAAACGUGGACGUGGUCGUGGACAUGGACGUGGACGUUCUGGACGUGGACGUUCUGGACGUGGACGUUGUCGUGGACGUGGACGUGGUCGUGGAAGUGGUCGUGGACGUGGUGGACGUGGACGUGGAGGACGUGGACGUGGACGUGGAGGACGUGGACGUGGACUUGGUUGUGGACGUGGUCGUGGACGUGGACGUGGACGUGGACUUGGACGUGGACGUGGACGUGGACAUAGACGUGGUCGUGGACGUGGUGGACGUGGACGUGGACGUGGAGGACGUGGACGUGGAGGACGUGGACGUGGACGUGGUUGUGGACGUGGACGUGGUCCUGGACGUGGACGUGGUCAUGGACAUGGACGUGGACGUGGGCGCAGACGUCGAGGUGGUCGUGGACGUGGACGUGGACGUGGUCGUGGACGUGGUCGUGGACAUGGACAUGGACAUGGACUUGGACGUGGACGUGGACGUGGUCGUGGACGUGGACGUGGACGUGGACAUGGACGUGGUCGUGGACGUGGACCUGGACAUGGACCUGGACCUGGACGUGGUCGUGGACGUGGUCGUGGACGUGGACGUGGAUCUAGACGUGGAUCACGACGUGGUCGUGGACGUGGACGUGGAUCUAGACGUGGAUCAGGACGUGGUCGUGGACGUGGACGUGGAGGUGGACGUGAACGUGGACGUGGACGUGGAUACGGACGUGGACGUGGACGUGGACAUGGACGUCCACGUGGACGUGGGCGUGGACCUGGACGUGGGCGUGGACGUGGACGUAGGCGUGGACGUGGACAUGGACGUGGACGUGGAUGUGGAGCUGGACAUGGACGUGGACAUGGACGUGGACGUGGACGUGGACGUGGUCGUGGACGUGGUCAUGGUCGUGGACGUGGUCGUGGACGUUGACGUGGACGUGGACGUGGACGUGGAGGUGGACGUGGACGUAGUCGUAGACGUGGUCGUGGACGUGGACGUGGACGUGGACAUGGUCGUUGACGUGGUCGUAGACGUAGACGUGGACGUAGACGUAGACGUGGACUUGGACGUGGUCGUGGACGUGGACGUGGUCGUGGACGUGGACGUGGACGUGGACAUGGACGUUGUCGUGGACGUGGUCGUGGACGUGGACAUGGAGGUGGACGUGGACGUGGUCGUGGACGUGGACGUGGACGUGGACCUGGACGUGGACGUGGACCUGGACGUGGACGUGGACGUGGACGUGAAGGUGGACGUGGACGUGGACGUGGUCGUGGACGUGGACGUGGACGUGGUCGUGGACCUGGACGUGGUCGUGGACGUGGACGUGGACGUGGACGUGGACGUGGACGUGGACGUGGACAUGGACGUGGACGUGGACGUGGAGGACGUGGACGUGGAGGACGUGGACGUGGACGUGGUUGUGGACGUGGACGUGGUCGUGGACGUGGACGUGGUCAUGGACAUGGACGUGGACGUGGGCGCAGACGUCGAGGUGGUCGUGGACGUGGACGUGGACGUGGUCGUGGACGUGGUCGUGGACAUGGACAUGGACAUGGACUUGGACGUGGACGUGGACGUGGUCGUGGACGUGGACGUGGACGUGGACAUGGACGUGGUCGUGGACGUGGACCUGGACAUGGACCUGGACCUGGACGUGGUCGUGGACGUGGUCGUGGACGUGGACGUGGAUCUAGACGUGGAUCAGGACGUGGUCGUGGACGUGGACGUGGAUCUAGACGUGGAUCAGGACGUGGUCGUGGACGUGGACUUGGAGGUGGACGUGAACGUGGACGUGGACGUGGAUACGGACGUGGACGUGGACGUGGACGUGGACAUGGACGUCCACGUGGACGUGGGCGUGGACCUGGACGUGGGCGUGGACGUGGACGUAGGCGUGGACGUGGACAUGGACGUGGACGUGGAUGUGGAGCUGGACAUGGACGUGGACAUGGACGUGGACGUGGACGUGGACGUGGUCGUGGACGUGGUCAUGGUCGUGGACGUGGUCGUGGACGUUGACGUGGACGUGGACGUGGACGUGGAGGUGGACGUGGACGUAGUCGUAGACGUGGUCGUGGACGUGGACGUGGACGUGGACAUGGUCGUUGACGUGGUCGUAGACGUAGACGUGGACGUAGACGUAGACGUGGACUUGGACGUGGUCGUGGACGUGGACGUGGUCGUGGACGUGGACGUGGACGUGGACAUGGACGUUGUCGUGGACGUGGUCGUGGACGUGGACAUGGAGGUGGACGUGGACGUGGUCGUGGACGUGGACGUGGACGUGGACCUGGACGUGGACGUGGACCUGGACGUGGACGUGGACGUGGACGUGAAGGUGGACGUGGACGUGGACGUGGUCGUGGACGUGGACGUGGACGUGGUCGUGGACCUGGACGUGGUCGUGGACGUGGACGUGGACGUGGACGUGGACGUGGACGUGGACGUGGACAUGGACGUGGACGUGGACGUGGACAUGGACGUGGACGUGGACGUGGACUUGGACGUGGACGUGGACGUGGACGUGGAGGUGGACGUGGACGUGGUCGUGGACGUGGACCUGGACGUGGACCUGGACGUGGACGUGGACGUGGACCUGGACGUGGACCUGGACGUAGACGUGGAUGUGGACGUGGAUGUGGACGUGGACGUGGACGUGGUCGUGGACGUGGACUUGGACGUGGACGUGGACUUGGACGUAGACGUGGACGUGGACGUGGACGUGGAGGUGGACGUGGUCAUGGAGGUGGACAUGGUCGUGGACGUAGUGGACGUGGACGUGAACGUGGACGUAGUCGUGGACGUGGACGUGGAUGUGGUCGUGGACGUGGACGUGGACAUGGACGUGGACAUGGACCUGGACGUGGUCGUUGACGUGGUCGUGGACGUGGACGUGGACGUGGACGAGGACCUGGACGUGGACGUGGACGUGGACGUGGAUGUGGUUGUGGACGUGGAUGUGGUCGUGGACGUGGACGUCGACGUGGACGUGGACCUGGACGUGGUCGUUGACGUGGUCUUGGUGGACGUGGACGUGGACGUGGACGUGGAGGACGUGGACGUGGACGUGGACAUGGUCGUGGACUUGGACGUGGACGUGGACGUGGUGGUGGACGUGGACGUGGACGUGGACGUGGACGUGGACGUGGUCGUGGACGUGGACGUAAACGUGGACGUGGUCGUGGACGUGGACGUGGACGUUCUGGACGUGGACGUUCUGGACGUGGACGUUGUCGUGGACGUGGACGUGGUCGUGGACGUGGUCGUGGACGUGGUGGACGUGGACGUGGAGGACGUGGACGUGGACGUGGAGGACGUGGACGUGGACUUGGUUGUGGACGUGGUCGUGGACGUGGACGUGGACGUGGACUUGGACGUGGACGUGGACGUGGACGUGGUCGUGGACGUGGUGGACGUGGACGUGGACGUGGAGGACGUGGUCGUGGACGUGGACGUGGUCGUGGACGUGGAUGUGGACGUGGUCGUGGACGUGGUCGUGGACAUGGACAUGGACUUGGACGUGGACGUGGACGUGGACGUGGACGUGGUCGUGGACGUGGACGUGGACGUGGACGUGGUCGUGGACGUGGACGUGGACAUGGACGUGGUCGUGGACGUGGACCUGGACGUGGACCUGGACCUGGACGUGGUCGCGGACGUGGUCGUGGACGUGGACGUGGAUGUAGACGUGGAUCAGGACGUGGUCGUGGACGUGGACGUGGAGGUGGACACGGACAUGGACGUGGACAUGGUCAUGGACGUGGUCGUGGACGUGGACGUGGACGUGGACGUGGACCUGGACGUGGACCUGGACGUAGACGUGGACGUGGAUGUGGACGUUGACAUCGACGUGGACGUGGACGUGGACGUGGGCGUGGACGUGGACGUUGAGGUGGUCCUGGACGUGGUCGUGGACGUGGACGUGGACGUGGACGUGGACGUGGACGUGGGCGUGGACGUGGACGUAGGCGUGGACGUGGGCGUGGUCGUGGACGUGGACGUGGACGUCGACGUGGACGUGGACGUGGACGUGGACGUGGUCGUGGACGUGGUCUUGGACGUGGACGUGGACGUGGACGUGGUCGUGGACGUGGUCUUGGACGUGGACGUGGACGUGGACGUGGUCGUGGAUGUGGAGAUGGACGUGAACGUGGACGUGGACGUAGACCUGGACCUGGACGAGGACCUGGACGUGGACGUGGACGUGGGCGUGGAGGUGGAGGUGGACGUGGAGGUGGACGUGGAGGUGGACAUGGACGUGGACGUGGACCUGGACGUGGACGUGGACGUGGACGUGGGCGUGGACGUGGGCGUGGACGUGGACGUGGGCGUGGACGUGGGCGUGGACGUGGACGUGGACGAAGACGUGGACGUGGAGUUGGACAUGGACGUGGACAUGGACGUGGACGUGGACGUGGACGUGAUCGUGGACGUGGUCGUGGUCGUGGACAUGGUCGUGGACGUUGACUUGGACGUGGACGUGGACGUGGACGUGGACGUGGACGUGGACGUGGACGUGGACGUGGUCGUGGACGUGGUCGUGGACGUGGACGUGGACGUGGACGUAGACGUGGUCGUUGACGUGGACGUGGACGUGGUCGUGGACGUGGACGUGGACGUGGACGUGGAGGUGGACGUGGACGUGGACGUGGUCGUGGACGUGGUCGUGGAGGUGGACGUGGACGUAGACGUGGACGUGGACGUGGACGUGGAGGUGGCCGGGGACGUGGACAUGGACAUGGACGUGGACGUGGACGUGGACGUGGUCGUGGACGUGGUCGUGGUCGUGGACGUGGUCGUGGACGUGGACUUGGACGUGGACGUGGACUUGGACGUAGACGUGGACGUGGACGUGGACGUGGAGGUGGACGUGGUCAUGGAGGUGGACAUGGUCGUGGACGUAGUGGACAUGGACGUGGACGUGGACGUGGACGUGGUCGUGGACGUGGACGUGGACGUGGUCAUGGACGUGGACGUGGACGUGGACAUGGACCUGGACGUGGUCGUUGACGUGGACGUGGAAGUGGACGUGGUCGUGGAGGUGGACGUGGACGUGGACGAGGACGUGGACGUGGACGUGGACGUGGACGUGGAUGUGGUCGUGGACGUGGACGUUGUCGUGGACGUGGACGUCGACUUGGACGUGGACCUGGACGUGGUCGUUGACGUGGUCUUGGUGGAUUUGGACGUGGACAUGGAGGACGUGGACGUGGACGUGGACAUGGUCGUGGACUUGGACGUGGAAGUGGACGUGGUGGUGGACGUGGACGUGGACGUGGACGUGGUCGUGGACGUGGACGUAAACGUGGACGUGGUCGUGGACGUGGACGUGGACGUUCUGGACGUGGACGUUCUGGACGUGGACGUUGUCGUGGACGUGGACGUGGUCGUGGACGUGGUCGUGGACGUGGUGGACAUGGACGUGGAGGACGUGGACGUGGACGUGGAGGACGUGGACGUGGACUUGGUUGUGGACGUGGUCGUGGACGUGGACGUGGACGUGGACUUGGACGUGGACGUGGACGUGGACAUAGACGUGGUCGGGGACGUGGUGGACGUGGACGUGGACGUGGAGGACGUGGACGUGGAGGACGUGGACGUGGACGUGGUCGUGGACGUGGACGUGGUCGUGGACGUGGACGUGGUCAUGGACGUGGACGUGGACGUGGGCGCAGACGUCGAGGUGGUCGUGGACGUGGACGUGGACGUGGUCGUGGACGUGGUCGUGGACAUGGACAUGGACUUGGACGUGGACGUGGACGUGGACGUGGUCGUGGACGUGGACGUGGACGUGGACAUGGACGUGGUCACGUGGAUCAGGACGUGGUCGUGGACGUGGACGUGGAUCUAG